CACAGAUCGGCCGCGGAGUCUAUGGGCUGCGCCUUGGGGCCCCCCAGAGGCGUCCAGUGCACCUUCCCGUGUCCAGACCCCCUCCACCAUCACCAAGGGCCCUGGGAGCCCACGACCUCUGACCUCUAUGCAGGCCCUGGUGCAGGGGAGUGGGGUGCAGGUGGUCAGGCUCUGGAGGGCUCCCCGGCCACGGGGGCAGACUCAGCUGAGGAUUACGGCCCUGCCCCUGGUCCACGUCACAGCAGUCCCGGUGCCUGUCACCACAGGGGCCCCUUGCGUGAGCUCAUCGCAGGCCCCUCAGGUCACCUGCUUGUCCUCCGCACGCACCUGGUGCCCACGUGCGCACACGUCCACCCGCGCGGCAGCCCCAGACAGCAGCUGUGCCGUGUCCCCCUGCCAGCAUCCAACCCCGCUUGUCCCGGGGGUCCAGGCUCCCCUGCUCCACCUUGAGCUCCGUCACCCUGGCAUGGGGGCCCUCAUGCGGGCGAUGGCACCUGCGGAGGCACUGGGGUGUGGCUUGGGGCCGUCAUGGUGGGGGGUGGUCACUGCCCUUUUUUGGGGAUGAGGGGCCUCCCCCUGGAAGAGGACGGCGGGCCGGCAGAUCCCGGUUGUGGGGAAGCCCCUCGACCUGUUCACAGGAGAUGCGUGUCUGCCAGGCAGAGUGCGGCCCCGGUGUCCCCCGGGGGUGGAGGGCCUGACUGCGCGGCCCAGAGCAAAGCCGAAGGGCCGCUGAGCCCAGGCCACGCCUGGAUCGUGUCUGCACUCGCUGCCCCACCCUGCCGGGGCCCCAGUUUGUGCGUCUGUAAAGGGUGUCCGUGGGGCCCGGCUGCCCUGCUGCGUCUUCAGCCCGCCUCUCCCCGCGCAGUGAUGAACGGAAGCGGCCCCUCGCCCACGGCCGUCAGCGGCGCCCCGUCCACGCCCAGCGGCUUCAGCAAUGGCCCAGCCACCUCGUGCACCGCCGCGCUGUCCACACAGCAGCUGCCCCCAGCCUGCGGGGCACGGCAGCUCAGCAAGCUCAAGCGCUUCCUGGCCACCCUGCAGCAGUUCGGCAGCGACAUCUCCCCGGAGAUCGGGGAGCGCGUGCGCACGCUGGUGCUGGGGCUCGUGAACUCCACGCUGACCAUCGAGGAGUUCCAUUCCAGGCUCCAGGAGGCCACCAACUUCCCGCUGCGGCCCUUUGUCGUCCCCUUCCUGAAGGCUAACCUGCCCCUGCUACAGCGGGAGCUCCUGCACUGCGCCCACCUGGCAAAGCAGACCCUUGCCCAGUACCUGGCCCAGCACGAGCAGCUCCUGCUGGAUGCCAACGCCUCUUCCCCCACCGACUCCUCGGAGCUCCUACCGGAGGUCAACGAGAACGGCAAGAGGAGGACACCUGACAGGACCAAAGAGAACGGGUCAGACCGUGACCCUCUGCACCCGGACCACCUCAGCAAACGGCCGUGCACCCUGAGCCCCGCCCAGCGCUGCAGCCCCAGCAACGGGCUGCCCCAGCCCACGCCGCCUACGCACUACCGCCUGGAGGACAUGGCCGUGGCCCACCACUUCCGGGACUCGUACCGCCACCUUGACCCACGGGAGCUGCGGGAGCGCCAUCUGCGGCUGGCCGUGCACGGGUCCCGGCCUGAGGAAGUGAUUGACCACAGGCUCACGGAGCGCGAGUGGUCGGAGGAGUGGAAGCACCUCAACAACCUCCUGAACUGCAUCAUGGACAUGGCCGAGAAGACGCGGCGGUCGCUCACCGUGCUGCGCCGCUGCCAAGAGGCCGACCGCGAGGAGCUCAACCACUGGAUCCGGCGCUACAGUGACGCCGCUGAGGACAGCAAGAAGGGCCCCGCGCCCGCCGCCCGGCCCCUCGGCAGCUCCGCGGGCGCUGAGGGCUCUCAGCUAGAUGUCCCCCGGGAGUCCGUGCCUCGGACCCUGUCCAGCUACAUGCCCGAGGAGAUCUGGAGAAAGGCUGAGGAAGCAGUGAACGAGGUGAAGCGACAGGCGAUGUCAGAGCUGCAGAAAGCCGUGUCUGACGCUGAGCGCAAGGCCCACGAGCUCAUCAGCGUGGAGCGAGCCAAGAUGGAGCGGGCCCUGGCCGAGGCGCGGCGGCAGGCCUCUGAGGACGCCCUCACCGUGGUCAACCAGCAGGAGGACUCCAGCGAGAGCUGCUGGAACUGCGGGCGCAAGGCCAGCGAGACGUGCAGCGGCUGCAACGCGGCCCGCUACUGCGGCUCGUUCUGCCAGCACAAGGACUGGGAGAAGCACCACCACGUGUGCGGCCAGAGCCUGCAGGGCCCCUCGGCCACAGCGGGUGAGCCAGUGCCCGGACAGUCCGACGCCGCCCCAGGCCUAGGCCCCUGCCUGCCCCCAGCCGCCGCCAGCCCCAGCGAGGCGGGCUCCACGGAGCCCUCCCGCCCCGGCUCCCACAGCCCGCCCGGCCCGCUGGAUGCCGCGCCCCGCUGACCCGCCCGGACCCGGUGCCCGUCGACCCGCCCGGCCCCACCCGGCCCGCUAGACGCGCGCCCAGACCUGGGAGCCGACCUUGGGCGUCACUGCUGCUACUGCUUCUCUCCAAAAGAAAACACAGAACCGACAAGACUGCAUCAAUGCAACUUCCUCAGCGACCUGACGAUCACGCCUCAACCUCUUCGUGCAUCCUCAGAAACCACCCGACGAGCUUUAGGCAGCCGGACGGACGCUGGCCAGAGGUGACCAGCUCGUCCACACCCGCCUCUCCCUCUUUCUUUCUUUCUCUCUCUCAUUUUUCUCUCUUUAUGACUUUCACACACUUUCUCUUCAAUGAAAAAAUCUAAUGGUUUGGUGGCUUAUAUUUUCAUUGAAGAAUUUUGGGGGGCUGUUUGGUAAAAGAGCUACUCAGAAGUGGACAAAGAAAACUGUGGGGUGUUUCCCCCCCUUCCUGAUUCAAAAAGGAAAAAGAAAACUCCUCUUUUAUGGCCGGAGGUCUGAGCCGCUGUGUCACUGAAACCACCCCCGGGGUGUGUGGCCGGUGCAGUGAGGACGGUUAGAAAGAUGUCCAGUUCAGACUCAAGAAGUAAUUUUUGGUUUCAGGAUUUUUUUUUCCUUUAAUGUCAAACUGUUUGGCUUUAAGUAGAAGUCCAAAAACAUUUUUUUAAAGAAGGUAAAGGAAGCAUACCUGUAAACUACCUUGCCAGCUAGCCAGCCAAGGACGCCGGACACACCUCUGCUCCAAAGGAAAUCCAAAAAGCAAACACAAGAAGUCAAAAUCCAAAAUUUUUUUGUCACUGCCAAAGUAUUUAUUUCACUGUUUUACUCUACGCCUGGGCUUGUUCAGAUGUCGGUCUUUUGCUUUGAUUCUGUUCGGGGCGGGGGGUGGGAUGUCGGGGUUGGAAGUGUUUUGUCCAACAAGAAGCGACCUCUUUCUUUUCGACUCGACAGCAGCACCUCCGCCGGGGCCGGGUGGGGUGGGCAGCUCGGCCCUCGGCACCCGCGCGUGUGUGCCCGUCUGCGUGUG